CCAGAGACCGGCGCCUUAGCGGCGGACCCGGGUCUCGGAACCUCUCUGUGGAGGCAGCGUCGAGGCCCAGGCAGUGUGGUCUAUUUUUAAACUGACUCAUGAAAAUUUCUAGGCUGGGCACAUAUCUGUAUACUGUUGCUGGAUCAUUUACCAUGAAGUUUGGUGGCAAUCAAAGAAAUCUACUUUGCCUCAGGAUUAUCAAGAUAAAGUUGUAGCCUUUUUCAACAAGGAUCAGUGAUCAAAAUUGUUCUGUUUAAGGGGAUAUUUCCAAGUUAAACAUGAAAGGAAAACACUGGGAUCAUUUCAGUUCUGACAAGAUAAAGAAUACCGUAUUUCACAGUUAACUUGCAAUGGAACCUUUGUAAGAUUCAUCGUUUGUCAUGCACCCAACUGGGAACAUGGAUGUUGGGUUUUCUCGUUCUGCUGUUCAGACACUGUCAAGAAGCCACUGCAAAAACAUCAAACAAAAAAUUUCUCAGUGGGAAGGAAGAACUAAUGGCGUAUCUAAUCCAGCUAAGUGGCAUCCAAAGGAUUUUGGAGUGAGAUAUAAUUAUCACCAAGAAAUCCUUCCUAAGAAAACUCUAGUUGGUGAAGCAAAGAGCAAAAAGUUGGACGUAACCAACCCCCAAAAUGUAUGUCUACCUAUGAGUGAAGAUGCCAAAAGCUAUGGUCAAAAUGAGGAUGUAUGUGAGAAACACGAAUGUGAAGACACACGCUCCUGUAAAAAUGAAUCAGAAUCCAACUGGGUAUGCUCUCGGAUCAAACAGAUUGAAAGCUGGAAAGUUGUUUUAGAUCCAGAGCCUUCAUUACCUCCUGGAAACUUCUAUACCUCACAAAUACUGUGGAAAAAAAUAGAAGCACUUCCCCCAGAUAAAGUCUUAAAUUCUACUUUAGAGCAUUGUGACUCUUCAGAAAAAGAACUGAAUUUCAGAGUUCUGGAUAGUUCUUACGGAAUAACCAAGAGCUUAGAAAAUAUUUAUUGCGAAGCUGAGGGGCAAGAAUGUAGACCUUCUAUAAAUCCUUUGCCAAAACCCCGUAGAACAUUCAGAUAUUUAUCUGAAUCUGGUAGUAUGCCACAUAAAGAAAUAAACUGUGACAAAAAGUACUGUGAAAAUAAUUAUUGUGCAGGAUCUUUGGCCUCUUCUCAGGAACCUGAACCAAAGAAAUGUGGUGGGAAGAUCAGAGGGAGAUCUAAAAGGAAAUCCUUUGAAUUUGAGGAUAUUCAGCACUUUCGAAAUCGGAAUUCACAGAAGAUUCAUGAAGAACUUGGAAGAAAUUCUGGUUCAGCACUUUAUUAUACACAGUCUGAGGAUAAUAUCUAUGAGGAUAUCAUAUACCCCACCAAAGAAAACCCCUAUGAAGAUAUUCCAGUGCAGCCUUUGCCCAUGUGGAGAACCCCUUCAGCAUGGAAGCUACUGCCUCCUAAAAGUGCCUUCAGAACACCCAAGCUUCCUCCCAAGCCUCAGUUCCUUCACCGGAAGACUAUGGAGCUGAAGAACUCCCAAGCUUACAUACGGUCACAGCUCACGAAGGACACCACUCUGCCUGUCACUCUAACGGAGUGGAAGCUUUUCCGAGCUGGAGAAGUGGCAAACAGGAAAAAGAGAAAUCUUCCGAGGCUUGUAUUGAGGAUAGAUGACGUAUUUGAAUCUAAGAGAGGGAAGAAGAGGGUUAAGUUACACCCUUACACUGGAAAGGAAGUGCUUCCCUCGAAAGGUGAAACCAGUGGGAACGAAAGCGAUGCCGAGUAUCUGCCAAAGAAUCGCCACAAGCGCUUAGCACAGCUGCAGCAGUCUUCCAAGAGGAAUCCUCACUACCAGACCUUGGAGCGGGAUCUUAUUGAACUGCAGGAGCAGCAGCUAUUUGAACUUUUUGUGGUGGUAUCUCUACAGAAGAAGCCAUCAGGAACAAGCUACAUUCCCCAAGUCAUACAGCAGUUCCCUAGCAAGGGCGAUCAUGGCUAUAAGCAAUCCAAAGACACUGAAGAGAGGCUUAAAGUUAUCCCAAAAUUUUGUUUUCCUGAUUCAAAGGACUGGGUGCCAACUUCAGAACUCAAGAGUGAAACAUUCUCCUUUGUCUUGACUGGAGAAGAUGGAAGUCGAUGGUUUGGUUACUGUAAGAAGCUCUUGCCAGAAGGCAAAGGAAGGCGACUUCCUGAGGUAUACUGCAUGGUUAGUCGCCUAGGCUGCUUCAAUCUCUUUUCAAAGAUUCUGGAUGAAGUGGAGAAGAGGAGAGAGAUGUCUCCUGCCCUUGUGUACCCGUUCAUGCGAAGUGUCAUAGAGGCUCCUUUCCCAGCUCCUGGACACACCAUCACAGUCAAGAGUCACCUGCCUGGAGCUGGAGAUGGGUCAAUUGAACUCUGCCGACCACUAGACUCACGACUGGAACACGUGGAUUUUGAGUGUCUUUUUAAGUGCCUGAGUGUGUGUCAUCUCAUCCGGGUUUGUGCCUCGCUCCUUCUGGAGCGGAGGGUAAUCUUUGUUGCUAAUAGCCUCAGCACCUUGUCUAAAUGUGGCCACGCUGUGGUAGCUACAUUAUAUCCAUUCACCUGGCAGCACACCUACAUCCCAGUCCUCCCAGCAUCUAUGAUUGACAUUGUGUGCUCACCUACUCCAUUCCUUAUUGGAAUCCUUUCUUGCUCCUUACCACAGCUCCAGGACCUACCCAUUGAGGAGGUGCUGAUAGUUGAUCUUUGUGCAGACAAGUUCUUACAGGAGGUAUCUGAUGAAGAUGAAAUUCUGCCACCUAAACUUCAGGCUGCCCUGAUGCAGAUUUUGGAAGAACGAAAUGAAAUCUUGGUUCAUGAGCAGAAUUUUUCACAAGAUGUGACACUCAAUUCUCUGGUGUCUGAAGCAUUUGUCAGGUUUUUUGUGGAGCUUGUGGGACAUUAUUCUUUGAACAUGACUGUCACUGAGCGUGGACAGCGUGUAUUCCAAAGGGAGCCAUUUCGUAAGUCCCAUACCUCCCGAAGUGUACGCCACUUCCUAGAUCUCUUCAUGGAGACACAGAUGUUUGCAGGAUUUAUCCAGGACCGAGAACUUCGGAAAAGUGGGGUUAAAGGUUUGUUUGAGGUCCGGGCUCUUCAGUAUUUGGAAACAAUUCCUGAGUCUGAACCCAGUGGGGUGAAUAGAAUUUUGCGGAGUCUUGGAAGUAAGAUGAAAUUUCUGCAGAAGAAAUGAAAUCUGUGCUUUUAUUCUAAAUAGAACUGAAAGUGCCAAAAACAUUUGUCCAAAGAUCAAGAUGCUGUGAAGUAUUCUACAAAAUCUUUGAAAUUUUAAAAGGCUAAGCAGCCAGCCAGGCUCUCAGAGGAGGAUUCUCUCCUGCUGUGUAAUCACUGGAGACACUACUUUGCCUCCAAUUUUGUCCUACAGUAGCCUUUUCUAUUUGAUUGUUGGGCUUAUUCUCUGUGUUUUGUGCUUAGUCUAUGAAGGCAGUUGUCUUUUUCAAGGGAAAGACUUGUUGGUGUUGCAUUAAAAGAAAACAGGUCACAGAUAAGUACAAUGAGAAAUGCUGAGUUUUCAAAGGUACUAGAGAGCACAAAGAAAUGGAGAACACUAGCUUUCCACACAUAGUUAUCAUUGAAACAUGGCAGCUUUAAGCCCAUGGGCUGUUUGAACUUGUAAACUCCAAUAUGCUCAUAUAGGUCUUUUUUUUUUUUUUGGUCUAAUAUCCUAUCUAGGGGAAUCUG